UUGACAGUUGUUUAUGUUUCCAAAAUAAAAAUGUGAAAGCUGAAGGAAAAAUGUUUUUAAUAUUAAUACGAUUACUUUAAUGAUUUUGGAAAACCUUUACACGUUCUAACAGGUUCAACAUGAUUAUGUUAUCAUAAUCUUGUUGAGCGUUUAAAUUGAAAGCAAUCGUAAAGAGGAUACCAUCGUGAUGAUUUCAAGAAAUAUGAUAUUUUAAGAAGAUUUUAAAUGUAAAUAAAAUGAAAUGCGCAAGCAUCGCAGAAAAGAUUCUACUUCUUCAAGCAGCCAGGGGGUAAUUAAAACAGAAGAAGAAGAACAUCAUCAUCAUCAUCAUCAAACACAACAACAAGAGCCAGAUCAACAGUCACAACAAUCACAAGCGAAAAGGAACAGCUUAACGGUAUUUAAUGGAUGGAUGAAAGGAAUUUUUAAGAAGAAACCCAAAGAAAUUACACCCACGCCGAGGCCACAAGCUACACCCUCGAAGCCACAAAACAACCAAGCAGGAAAUGAUAAAUUACUGCAUAUGCGAAAUUCUCUAACUUCAUUAUUUCAUAAAAGUCACAAACCUAAACUUACUAUCAAAGAUAUUGAACUUCUUGAGGGCAUGGAAGUAAAUAAUAUGAAGAAGCGUUUCGCGGUGACUGGUCCAAAAGCUAACAUACUUGAAAUGAUGGUAGCAGAUUAUAAACGUGGGAGAUUCUCAUCACAAGGUACAUCUCACAAACCCAAACCAACUACAUCAACUCCGAAGGCACUCGACAAAGCUACAUUGGAUCAAAUGAUAAAAGAUUAUGAUGAAGAAAUAAGAAAAAAAGAUUUAGAAGAAAUACAAAAGAAUGCUGAUGACUUGAAAAAGAGAUUUGCUAUGCCUGAAGCGGAGGGGAUUAAAUUUGAUAAUAUAGUCAAAGAAUUGUACAAGGGAAAAGGAUCUCAGUUGGAUUUAACCGCAGCUUUACUUGAUCCAAAGAAACUGACGAAAGAACAGCUUAAUACCUUAAUAAAAGAAUACGAAGACAGUCAGGUUAAAAAGAAAAGAUUGUCUAACAUUUUUGGUCAAAGUAGACUUUCGCUAGACACGUCUAAAAAGAGAUACUUUCAUUUGAGGGGAAAAGGGUCUGACAAAUAGGAAAAUAGAUAAACGAAUGCAAUUUAAUAAUCACAUAAGUUACACAGUUCACAGGUCACCAUGAAUUUCUCCUUCCACGAUACUACCACACCCUGGUACUUCACAUUGACCAAAAAAUAUCGUGCGAUUCCCAAACCAAAAGAUGAAAAUAUUUCAAUGCCAUCUCGUACCAAGCGAUACCCUUCUACAUUACCAAGACAAAAGUGUAAUACCAAAGAAUUACCAGUAGAAGUUCUUUUUGUGAAUAAAUCUAUACGUCAUCAGUUUACAAAAUCACGUAAAAUAAAUGGCGAAACAAGUAAAUCAAUGCAAAGAAGAAGUCGUGAAGAACCUCACAGUACUAAAAUAAACUCUAGAGGAAAUGACACGUAUAGUAUCGUAACGAAAAAUCAACAAACUCAAACGAAAAUUCACGAGAGACAUAAUGCUUGCAGUAAACUAUUCAAGUUAAAAAACAAACUCAUAUGAACAUGGGCAAGGUAUCAGAUCAUAAACAAACUUAGAAUUCCAACGUAGUGUAUUCAAAUAUGCUAGCAAACGUGAAUGAAUGCGGAAUGCGUACUGAUUAAUUAUUAAAUUGAAAAAAACGUGAAUCAUCUUGGACAACUAAAUAUAGCUAAUUUGGAAAUGAAAACGUAAAAGGUAAUGGGAACAUAAUUUACAAUGUUUAAUCAAACUGAAGUAACACAAAUGAGUAAAGAAAAUGUCAUCAGGCUUCGUUUAAUGAGACGAGAUGAAGACAAAGAGAAAACUCAUGGAAAGCAAGGAUAGAAGACAGUAUGAAGACUGCCAUCAAAUAUAAUGAACUUUGGAGUCAAUUGUUUGCCAUAAUAUUUUGGCUUUUUAAAUAAAGUUAUGGUUGCAUU